GCUGUCGAAAAAGUGCCGAAGAAAAGUUCAUCCCGCCGCAAGGAUCAACUAAUCCAAGCUGUGGUAUUGUACGCGAGUCCAACGCUUGCGUCCGUAAUAACACCACAUACAUAACUCAUAUCACCCUUGUGCUUUAUUAUCGCGACAGGUUAAAAACAUUGUGGCGAAGACUGAGGAAAAUUCACAGAAAUUCGCAUUUAUUCAUUGAUAUCCAGCGGUGAACUCGGACACGCUGAUGGCGGCGACAGUAGAGGAGCUCUAUCGUAACUAUGGCAUCCUCGCCGACGCGAAAGAGGAUCUUAGCACGCAUAAAGAUGCCUAUCAGGUCAUUCUGAAUGGUGUUAAAGGAGGCCCAAAAGAAAAGCGACUAGCUGCACAGUUCAUUCCCAAAUUUUUUAGCAGCUUUCCAGAGCUGGCCGACGCAGCCAUCAAUGCACAGCUUGAUCUGUGUGAGGAUGAAGAUGUUUCUAUUCGGAGACAGGCUAUCAAAGAACUUCCCAGGUUUGCAUCCGGAGAGAAUUUACCCAGAGUUGCAGACAUCCUCACACAGCUUUUGCAGACAGAUGAUUCUGCUGAAUUCAAUCAAGUCACCACAGCGUUGAUCUCCAUAUUUAAAAUUGAUGCAAAAGGUACUUUGGGAGGUUUGUUCAGUCAGAUCCUGCAGGGAGAAGAUAUUGUCCGGGAAAGGGCGAUAAAGUUUCUCUCUACAAAGUUAAAAACGAUGCCAGAUGACACAAUGACGAAGGAGGUGGAGGAUUUUAUCUUUACAGAAACUAAAAAGGUUCUGGAGGAUGUGACGGGGGAGGAGUUUGUGCUGCUGAUGCGUAUCCUGUCGGGACUGAAGGCCAUGCAGACCGUCAGCGGGCGGCAGCAGCUGGUGGAGUUGGUGGUAGAACAGGCCUUCCUUGAGCAGGCCCUUAACCCUGCAGAUACUGACAGUGUUGACCGACUCCUGCAGUGUACACGCCAGGCUCUACCACUGUUUUCUAAAAAUGUGCAUUCUACUCGCUUUGUGACAUAUUUCUGUCAGUAUGCUUUGCCCAAUCUCAGUCUCCUCACCAGUCCUGUAGCAGAAUUGGACAUCCAGCUUGAGGUACUGAAGCUAUUGGCAGAGAUGAGUCCGUUUUGUGGCGACAUGGAUAAACUUGAAGUCAAUCUAAAGAUGCUCUUCGAAAAGCUACUGGAGUUUAUGCCCCUUCCUCCAGAAGAAGAGAACGGAGAGAAUGCAGCCAAUGAGGAGCCCAAAUUGCAGUUCAGUUAUGUGGAGUGCCUGCUCUUCAGCUUCCAUCAGUUGGGCAAAAAACUACCUGACUUUCUUAUAGACAAAAUUAGUGCAGAGAAUCUUAAGGACUUCAAGAUCAGGCUACAGUACUUUGCACGGGGACUACAAGUAUAUAUUCGGCAACUGCGUGUUGCUUUGCAGGGCAAAGCUGGAGAUGCACUGAAGACAGAGGAGAAUAAGAUUAAAGUUGUGGCUUUGAAAAUCACAAACAACAUAAAUGUGUUAAUCAAGGAUCUGUUUCAUAACCCUCCAUCUUACAAAAGCACAAUCACUCUGUCCUGGAAACCAGUACAGAAGACUGAGGUGGCAGCAUCAGUUGGUCAGAAGAGGCUGUCUGGAGAAGACACUGGAGCAACAGCGACUGCAAAGAAGGUUCCCGCAAAUUUGCCCAGAAGGGACGCCCGUCAGAUCUACAAUCCACCCAGUGGGAAAUACAGUGCCAGCAUUGGUAACUUCUCAUAUGAACAAAGAGGAGGCUUCAGGGGCAGCCGGGGACGGGGCUUCGGAGGAAGAGGAAACAGAAGCCGAGGCCGGAUUUAUUAAAAGAGGGCUGCAUAUAAUUCGACACCCAUACAACUGCAUAAACACAACACAUGAAUGUUUCUGUGACCCUUCCUGUAUCUCGGACGUCCUUCAUUUAUUUUUUUUCCUAUUUACAUUUAAUUUUUAUUCUUAAGUGUGUUUUCCUCAUCCGAAUGUUAUUGUUUAUCUUUUUGGCUACGCAUUUUUUUCUGAAUCAUUGUGGAACAAAAGACUGCCAGGGUGUUUUUUAUGGAGUUUUGUAUGGUCGCAUACAUCCUUUGUACUUUUAUAUCCUUUUUAAUUUUCAGUGCUUUUGUUGGAUCAAAAAUAACACUCAUGUGAUUAAGGUCAAUAACAUCCUCUAAAUUUUAUCAUAAACUUGUGUGGGUCAAGUUUAUCAUUGUCAUUGAUAUUUCUUCUGGACAUAAAUAUUUACGUUUGUGAAAGACCUCGUAUUCCCUGAUGUUUGUCGUCGAUUAUAUUGACUCAGUUUAAAGUAACUUUGUAGAUAUUUUUGAAAUGGCUAAGAUAUACCAUGAAAAUAGUCCUUGAGUAGUAUUGUUUUCAUCUAUAUGCUGUUAUAAUAAGAAUUUAAAGAAAUCAGUCUUUUCAGGUAUUGCUUGCAUUGAUUUGGGUAUUCAGUUUCAAACAUUUUGCAUGCAUAGUUUAUAGUAAAUAUUUAAAUGUUUUGAAUUUAUACAAACCUGACAUUUCUGUACUACAGUUGUUUUUCAGUUCAGACAGAUUUUCACCCACAUUAAAAUCUUUGCCUUUUUCAACA